GCAGCCGUUAACAACACUUAGCUAACCGACGUCGGUUACCUGUGGAUAAAUGUCUCGCACAAACACGUCCUUAUCUACUUCUGUGAAAACGGGCACAGUCGGUGUGUCUCACCGGAAGAUAGAAAGACACGGACAAGAAGACGACAUGGGAAAAAAAAAAAAAAAAAAGAUGGCGCUGCCCAUGUUAAGAGGUUGCCACAGGUUUCCGUCAACAUUUAGCUGUGUUCGUUUGUUUUUAAAUGAAAGUAUCAUCCUGAACCGGUCCGGGAGGACGCGGCUACCCCCCUCAGCCCCUGCCCCCGGGACAGCAGCGGCCCGCCCUUACAGCUCCGACGGACAGAACCAGAACCGGAACCAGAACCAGAAGGUGGUGGUCGUCGGCAUCCCGAACCCGUUUAUCUGGCUCCGCACCCGAAUAUACUACUUUCUGAUCCGGGCGUACUUCGACAAAGAGUUCAACAUUCAGGAGUUCACAGAGGGAGCGAAGCAGGCCUUCUCCCAUGUGUCCAGACUGUUGGCACAGUGUCAGUUUGAAGCUCUGGAAGGGCUCGUAGCUAAAGAUUUGAUUGGAAAGCUGGAGGAGAAGUGCAACCUGCUGCCAUCGAGCCACAAGAGGGCGCUCUCUGCAGGUCCUGAUGAGAUCAUGUACACCACGCCUGGAGACGUGGGGAUCUUCUAUGAUGAUAAUGGGAGGAAGUUUGUCAGUAUUCUGAUGCGGUUCUGGUAUCUGACGAGCGCACGUCUUCCAAACGAAGCCCUGGAGGGAACCCGUAUCUUCCAGGUGGCCAUCGGUGGAGAAGGAGACCCAGAAACCAAGAGACUCCUAACAGCAAACUAUGAAUUCCAAAGGGAGUUCACUAAGGGAGUGGCUCCAGACUGGACCAUUACGAGGAUAGAGCACUCCAAGCUUUUGGAUUAAGGGGGUUUUGAUGCGAGGCAGUUGUGCUACUGGAAACCAACCAACUGAGACAUGAAGUUCCGCUCAGUAUUCGUUUAAAACGCGAUGCAUCUCCUCACUGGAGAAGUUGGAGGAAAACACCAGACUUGGAUUCAUCUACUAGUCACUGUAGAGAAGACACAUGAGCCAACCCAUCUAGUCUCAUAGAUAUGGCCCAGAACGUUGAACACGGGUUCUUAUGGGUUUU